AUUAGUUAUUACCAUCACCCCAAAAAUGAAUUCGCUUGAUUUUCUUUCUCCUUCCUUGAAGCAUGCGCACAACCUACUUCCUGUGACGAUGUAUGACAGCUUCCUGUCGUCUGGUCGCAAAAUUUCGGAUGCUUCUUUCCGAAGAUGGAUAUCCUUCGGCCUCCCCUAAUUAGGAUUGGAAAACGUUGCUACAGGAAGGUGUUAGGACCAGAUAAAGAAGACCAUAACCCAGAGGAUGAAGAAAUUGACUUGGAACUUAAUAGCAUAGCAUCUUGCUAUGGUGAUGAAGCAUGUGAUGCAAAUGUGAACAUUGAGGAAACGAGCAAUGGCUUCUCUCUUCGAUUGCAAUACCAUAGCACCUACUUCAAAUUUAUCAUUGGGAAAAAGGGGGAGACAAAAAAACGACUUGAGACCGAGACAAAAACACGGAUCACUAUACCCAAAAUGGGUCAAGAAGGAGAUAUAGUCAUACAGGGUCAUGAAAAGAAGGGUGUGCUAUCAGCGAAAACACGUAUUGAAGUUUUAGUGGAUUCAGCUCGCCAGCGUCUGCCAUUCACCCACUUUUUAUCCAUACCUGUGCAAGGAGAAGAUGUUGUCGAAAAGUUUGAAGAUUUCAAGUUUCAGGUUAUAGAAGAUAAACGAGAUUCAAGGAUAGAUGCAACAAUAUUCCAGAAUCCUCAAAAGCUUCACCUGACAAUUGGUACUAUGGUGUUGCUAGGUGAAUCUGAAAUACAGCAAGCAAGGAAUUUGCUACAUGAUUGUUAUAUUCACUAUAUCUCUCCCAUUCUCAAUCAAGAACCACUGAUGGUGGAUGUUCAGGGGCUUGAGUAUAUGAAUGAUGAUCCAGGAGCAGUGGAUGUCUUAUAUGCUAAAAUAAAACCAGGGCCAGCUGCUGCAAAAUUGCAGGCAUUGGCAGAUGUGCUUGUAGACAAGUUUUCUGAAGCCAAAUUGAUGCAACGUCAGCGUGAGCAGGUCAAACUACACCUUACAGUUAUGAAUACGCUUUUCCGAAAAGAUCCAGGAGAAGGCUCCGCUCCAUUACCUCAGAAUACAAGAGGAUCAGUCAGAGAUAGGGAAUCUUUCAAUGCAUCAUUGAUACUGAGGACAUUAGGUGGUUUUGACUUUGGCUCUUUUCAAGUGGAUAGAAUAGAGUUGUCGCAGCGAUAUUCAACUGGCCCAAAUGGUUACUAUAUCAGCAGUGCUUGUGUUCAUCUGUCAUGAAAGUGAUAUUAUUCUGCACUCUUUAAAGCUUGUACAUUAUGUGCUUAGGGAAAGCUACAAGCAGAGAGUUGCAGUAAUCCUGUUAGGACAGUAGAAAUGCAAAUAUAAGUCUUUUGUCGGUGGAAAAUGGUGGAUGGGUCUGAUGUGGCUGAUCGUCUGAACCUCUAGGAAGAUGGACUUGCAGACUGUACACGGAUGUUCACCCCAGGGAAAGUAGGACAGCAUAUUUCAUUUUAUUGUCAGAAACUAUUGGGAGGACUGUUUUGCUGCUGCAAUGGGAACUGGUUGUCUGGUAACAACAAAUCAUAUUGUUGACAGUGUCACAAAAUAUUCUGGUUUUUGUUGUACUCAUAAAAUGAAACUUGUUAACUGCUUGUUGCGCUUAUGUUGCUAUAGUUUUUUGUCUUAAAUACAGGGAGCCUAUGACAGACACAUGGCAAAUACAGUUUCCUCUUAAUCGUUUUUGUCUUAUUGUUCGUCUUAUUAAACACUUCGGAUACUUAAUGCAAGAAUUUUAUCUGGUAUAAUUAUAUGCAUCUGAGAUCAUUUUCAUACUCCUUAAUUUGGCUGUCCUUUUCCAAGUGUUAUGUUUAUGCCACACAAAACUGUGGUAAUGAAUGUGAUUUAUUGGUUUACUGCAGACUACAAUUGUCUGCCAUUUUCUGUGCUGUUUUGCUCACAAUUAAGCCUUUGCCACAGCAGUGAAUAAAGAAGACAAUUUGCAAA